AUGUCCUACCACUCGACGUCGUAUUAUCUGCAACAACCUCACUGGCCGCUCCUCUCUACCGGAGGAGAUGAUGAAGGAGACUUCUUUGUUCAUGAUCUGAGUCAUCCUGUGCCAUCAAAGUCCACCAACUUCAACGGUCGAUCUCAUGAUGGCCCCGUGUACUCUUCACGUCACGAAGAAGUCAGCCCGAUAUCGGCCAGUUCCAUCAACGAUCCUUGGAAUCGAUCAUCGGGACAGGCGAGCGCCGCUACUAUACCAAGACGGAAUUCAAGCGGAUCGUUUGUUUCUGAUCUCACGGAAGACGACUUUACUGGUGAUUCAUGGUCGUCAGUGAGUGAACUCAGCUCGUACACACCUUGGCAGAGUCGCGCAACGCCAGCGCAGCCGCAUGUCAGAAGCAGCGAACCUACCGAUGGAGUGUACACUGCAAUGCACGGGACACGCUAUGAACAUGCACCCAUUGUAGAUGUCUCCACUCCACAGUUAGGUAUGUGGACGAUGGAGGACACUCCCGAGCGAAUCGCCGAGGACAGCUCACAGUAUUCCGUCGGAAGGAAAUCGAAUGGCGUCAGCAAGCUUUUCUCCAGACUGGUCUCCAGGGAAAGUGGACGAAUGCACCAGCCAGGGAGUAUAAGAGAUCAUUUAGGCCGAAGGUAUGACGACUCAUACCAAGGCCCGAGGGUUCUGCAGAACCCCGUCACCAAUUCAGUCGAAUAUCUUUCCGAGGACACUGUCAAACCAUCAUUAUGGAAGUCUGCCCGAUCAGUGGCUACUGCCUGUCUCAGCAAUAUCCAUCUCCCCAGUCGAUACAAGCCGUCCUCGUGGUCUGGAAGUGACAUCGCAUCGGAUGGUGCUAGUGCCAAGAAGAGAUCGAAAUGGCAAUCUGCCAAGUCUGGAGCCACGGCACAUCUCAAAAGCAUUCACUUGCCCAAGUUGUAUCAACCUUCGUCUUGGUCCGGAAGCGAAUACUCCAGGAAGCCUGCUGACGAUAAAAAACAUUGGUCUGGCAAGCUACGGAAACUUUGGUCUCGAGAAGACACAUCCCGCCGCAGCAAGUCGGCCUUCGGUAGCCACACAGUACGAGCACUCUCGAUUCCCGAAGGAGAUAGAGUGGGCGAAGAUUGGUUCGAUGAGUCAGGCCGAUUGACACAGCAGUCAACAGACGAGGCCAUGCGAUGGGCGUCUCGCUCAUCCAGAUCACUCCACCGGGAUGAUUUUGCUCCAGAGGACUGGUUCGAGGAAGACGGGAGGUUGAGUGAGGCGAUCAUUUCACACUGGCGCAGAUCUCGGUUUGACGAUGGACUGUCGUACUACGCUUGA